AUGGUUGUAGGAAGACCUGUUUCACACCUGUCAUCUGAGGUAGGUGAGGGGGGUCAGGGCAUUGAGGUCCAGCAUCCUCAGGAGCCCUCCUGCGAGGCCACCAAGAUGAGACGGCUCUGCCUCUCUGCAGCCCUUCUCGUCCUCCUGGUUAUCCUGGUGGACACCACCCCACUGAAUAUACACCAUAUCCAGGAUGAAGGUCUGGAGACAAACCAUACACGGGAACUUGAGAAGCGUUCAGUAGUAAACGUGAUUAAAAGUGUCCUCGGCGGUGUGAUUACAGGUACUAAGAUUAUCGGAGAUGGAGCCAGUAUACUAACAGGAUUGGCUGAAAUAAUCAACAAAGCACUUAAAGGUCAGGUGAUGAUUUCCGGAAUACAAUUCGAUAACCAUGCACAAGAGGAACUGCCAACACUCGAGAUUGAAUACUCAACACUCAGUGAGGAGAUCAAAGGUGUGGAGACAAGCCAUAAACAGGGCAUUGAGAAGCGUUCAGUACUACCCGUGGUUAAAGGUAUCCUCGGCGGUGUGCUUAAAGGUGUCAAGAUUGUCGGAAAGGGAGCCAGUAUACUAACAGGAUUGGCUGAAAUAGUCAAGAAAGCACUUAAAGGUCAGGUGAUGAUUUCUGGGAUACAGUUCGAUAACCCUAUGCCAGAGGAACUGCCAACACUCGAGAUUGAAUACUCAACACUCAGUGAGGAGAAUGAAGGUGUGGAGACAAGCCAUAAACACGGCCUUGAGAAGCGUUCAGUAAAAAAAGUGUUUAAAAAGAUCCUCGGCGGUGUGAUUAAAGGUUCCAAGAUUGUCGGAAAUGGAGCCAGUAUACUAGGAGGAUUGGCUAAAAUGCUGAACAAAACAAUCAGAGAUGAGGUGAUGAUUUCAAGAAUACAAUUCGAUAACCAUACACAAGAGGAAUUGCCAACACUCGAAAUUGAAUACGCAGUACUCAGUGAGGAGAAUAAAGGUGGGGAGACAAGCCAUAAGCAGAGACUUGAGAAGCGUGCAGUACUGCCUGUGUUAAAGGUAUCCUUGGCGGUGUGCUUAAAGGUGCCAAGAUUUUUGGAAAGGGAGCCAGUAAUAACAGGAUUGGCUGAAAUAGUCAAGAAAGCACUUAAAGGUCAGGUAAUGAUUUCCGGGAUACAGUUUGAUAACAGUACUCAAGAGGAAAUGCCAACACUCCAGAUUGAAUACUCAACACUCAUUGAGGAGAAUGAAGGUGUGGAGACAAUCCAUAAACAGGGCAUUGAGAAGCGUUCAGUUCUACCCGUGGUUAAAGGUAUCCUCGGCGGUGUGCUUAAAGGUGUCAAGAUUGUCGGAAAGGGAGCCAGUAUACUAACAGGAUUGGCUGAAAUAGUCAAGAAAGCCCUUAAAGGUCAGGUGAUGAUUUCCGGAAUACAGUUUGAUAACAGUACUCAAGAGGAAUUGCCAACACUCGAGAUUGAAUACUCAACACUCAGUGAGGAGAUCAAAGGUGUGGAGACAAGCCAGAAGCGGGUACUUGAGAAGCGUUCAGUAGUACAUGUGGUCAAAAGUAUCCUCGGCGGUGUGAUUAAAGGUACCAAGAUUUUCGGAAAAGGAGCCAGUAUACUAACAGGAUUGGCUGAAAUAGUCAAUAAAGCACUUAAAGGUCAGGUGAUGAUUUCCGGAAUCCAGUUUGAAAACCAUAAGCCAGAGGAAUUGCCAACACUCAAUAUGGAAUACUCAACACUCAAUGAGGAGAAUAAAGUUUCCCCAGCUUUUAUGCCUGCUUUCUGCAUGGAGCCUAAAUUUGUGGGUGUCUGCAAUGGCUCGAUGACCAGGUACUUCUACAAUGCCCAGACCGGACACUGUGAGAUGUUUGUAUAUGGCGGUUGCGGAGGAAACGAAAACAACUUCCAAACAUUGGAGGAGUGCAUGAAGACCUGCUUUCCAAAGGCAGGGUCCCUGUGCUGGGGUGUAAACAUAUCUGUCAGCCCCCUUCUCUCCAUAAAUGCCACUCUUAAAGGCCAAAAACAUGAGCGCACUCUGACUUUCUGCAGCCCUUCUCGUCCUCCUGGGGACCCUUCUGGCCGGCAUUCUGGGGGGUGA